AUGUUUCCUCACCACCAGCACAAUAAUUUAUCAUUCCUUCUUCAAUCGAUAGAAAACCUCUCAUCGUCAGAACUGUUUGAAUUGCGUAAUUAUGCGGAACAGCGACUCAAGAAAGAUAUACUUGGGCUCUUGCCAGUUAAUUUAGCCGUCAGAGUGCUAAUGUCAUUGGAUCCUGCUACUAUUUGUAAAGUCAGGUUGGUAUCCAAGUUAUGGAAUCGCCGUGCCACAAACAACGACCUUUGGCAAAACCUCUGCAUAAGAUAUUCCUAUCCUCUCACACCUGUGCCACCAACAAUUCCGAUUUCUUUUCCUUCCGAUGAGUAUUACUUUCACCUUUUCAAACAUCACGCAAGAAUCGAACAUAACUGGCAUACGCGAACCUUCACCGUUCACGUAAUCCCAAUACAUCAAAGCAUCGUGUGUCUAGCUGGACUCGACGACGGAUAUACGGUUUAUGCUGGGAUGUCAGAUUGCACGGUUAAGGGGUGGGAUUUGCGGAGGAACGAAUGUUUGGUUACGUUGAGAGAUCAUCGAGAUGCUGUAGAGUGUCUGGUGGUAGGAAAGGGGCAUAUACUAGCGUCGGGUGGGUGGGAUAAAUGCGUCAUUGUUUACGACAGAAAUGAACACAAGAUUAUAUAUAGGUUAAUGGGCCAUACGGCGGGAGUUAUAUCCCUUGUUUUGACAGACGAUGAAUCGCUAUUGUUCUCAGGAUCUGUGGACAGUUCAAUACGAAUAUGGGAUGUCGAGUGUGGUACAUGUUUGCAGACAUUAUACGAGCAUGAUGGAACCGUUGGCGCGCUGAUGUUGAUACCGCGAGCUCCCACAACAGCAAUGCCAUCAUUUGCUUAUUGGCUAGUAUCAGGUUCGAACGAUCAUACUGUUAUAAUCUGGGACUUGAACAUUGAUUCACGACAAACAUCGCGAAGCCACAGUAAUAAUCAGUCAUUUUACCCGCACAUUCACCGCCGUCUUCGAGGUCAUAUCAAAGCAGUUACUAGUCUAACAUCAAUUUUACCUGCUCGACCAGACAUAUGCUCAGUAUCGCAGUACGAUUAUUACGAUUCAAAUAGAAACUUCGUCACGAUAAAUCUCGCAAAAUGGCCUUUUAACGAGUCAGAGUCGUCAGUUCAAGUUGAGGAGGAGAUGGAUGUGGACGUUGACUUGGAUGCAGAAGAUAAAACAAGUAUUGAAAAUGACGACCAGGAUAUGGUAAUUGAAAGUGCAACUAGCAUUGAAACUAACAACGAAGCUUAUAGUCAACCAGAACAUCAACGUAGAGACCGAUUAGAGCAUUUGGUGGCGGAAGGAGCUUCUUCCAAUUCUGCACUAAGAUCUCCUCCACCGAGUCCCGAUGCUAACGACAAUAUUGUAUCUACACCGGCAGGCACCGACUCGUUCUCUGUUAGUGUUAGUACGACUCCUACUCAUCCACGUCCCACGAUACCUCUCUUUCCAUCAUCCUCUAACGACAAUACAGCGCAUAUAUUCACUGCUUCUCAGGACGGUUCUAUUCGCAUGUGGGACCUAUAUACUGGACAGCUACUAGGUUCAGCAGCUGAUCAUCAGGAUGUUAUCUGGAAUAUUCAGUGUGAUG